ACGCCCCACGCUUCUCCACGCCUCCGCCCAGGCAACUCUCACCCGCCGCCGAAGCCGCCCACAGACCUGCGCCCGCCGCUCGGCCGCCUUUACGGCCGCAGCCCGCAGCCCGGCCGACCCCGGCGCCUCCGCGGCUUCGCUCAUCUGCCCUCCCGCGGCCCGCCCAGACCUCCGCCGACCGUCGACCCCCGUCCGGCCGUCCAGUCGACGCCUGACCUUCGCCUGCGGCCGCUGCCUGGCCGCCCGUACAGCCGCAGGCCGCAGCCCCGCCUCCGCCCGCCAGACUCCGCCCCUCCACCCGGCGUCCUCCGCCACAGUGCCCGACCACCCCGCGCCGCCGCAGCAGCAGCAGGAAAAUGCCUCGCAAAGUUGUAUCUGGACCCGACUACGAUGAUGACUAUGAUGACUAUGAUGAGUAUGAUGAUGAUGAUGAUGAUGAUGAUGAGUAUGAUGAAACCAGAUAUGGCAAUAAUACUCCUGUUAUGACAGGGAAAGAAACAUUGAAAAAUUCCUCAAGUACAGUGUCGGUUCAUUGGACAUGUUCCAUGUGCACAUUCAGUAAUCAUGAAAGCAUGGUGUACUGUGAGAUGUGUGGUGUUUUCCGUGAGACCUUUGUCAAAUCUGCCAAGGAUGGUCUGUUAAAAGAUACAGCCGUUGCAGUGUCAAGUGAGCCUAGGACAUCUGCUGCGUCAAAAAACGAUUCUGCCAAGGCGCCAGUGAAGACUCGUGCUGUAAAUUCUGAUGGUGAUUCUAUGAGAAAGCAUGCUAGCAUGUCUUAUGAUAAAGCCAAUUCCACGCAGUUACCAUCUGCUGGUAGCUCACUAGGUGCUGAAAAAAAGAAGAAAACCCCUGUACUUUCUGAAGAAGUACCUGUGGAGAGGAUAGCUCUGUUGGCUUCCGAUGGUUUUCAGUCAAAGGGUAACCAGAAUAGCGGGGCUAGCAGUUCUUCGCAGAAUGACAAUGUGAUCCAGAAACUCUCUUCUGACGUAGGCCAGCUAAAUGUAAACAAGAACAAUGUGAAUGUUACGAAAUCUUGUUUGCCUGAUGAGUAUAAGCCUGAGAAGUGGAUGUUAGCUGAUCUGGAGUCAAGGGCGUUGAGCCAACUGAACCUUGCAAUAGUCGGUCAUGUUGAUUCCGGCAAGUCGACACUAUCUGGGAGAUUACUGCAUCUCUUAGGAAGGAUAUCAAAAAAAUAUAUGCACAAGAAUGAAAAGGAGUCGAAAGAAAAGGGGAAGGGGUCAUUUGCUUUUGCAUGGGCCAUGGAUGAGAGCAGUGAAGAAAGGGAACGGGGUGUGACAAUGACUGUGGCUGUGGCUUAUUUGGAGACCAAGAAAUUCCGUGUGGUUUUGCUUGACUCACCUGGUCACAAAGAUUUUGUGCCAAAUAUGAUAUCUGGUGCAACACAAGCUGAUGCAGCUAUUCUUGUCGUUGAUGCUUCAACUGGUUCUUUUGAAGCUGGCAUGGAUGGCGAAGGAGGAAAAAGUGUUGGCCAGACUAAAGAGCAUGCUCAGCUUGUUAGAAGCUUUGGUGUUGAACAGCUUGUUGUCGCAGUCAACAAGAUGGAUGCUGUUGAUUAUGCAAAAGAAAGGUUUGAUUUCAUCAAGCUACAACUUGGUAGUUUCCUGCGGUCAUGCAACUUCAAGGACUCAGCUAUUACCUGGAUUCCUCUUAGUGCUGUAGAAAACCAAAAUUUGAUCAAAGCUCCUUCAGAUGCUCGUUUGACCUCCUGGUAUCAAGGGUUUUGCCUCUUGGAUGCUAUAGAUUUUCUGCAGCUUCCUUCUCGGGAUGUUUCAAAGCCCUUGAUUAUUCCAAUCUGUGAUGUUAUAAAGUCUCAGUCAACAGGACAAUUGGCAGCUUAUGGAAAAUUGGAAACUGGAGCCAUCCAAAUUGGUUCUAAGGUGUUAGUUCUACCUUCUGGGCAAGAGGCGACUGUGAAAGCCAUUGAGCGGGACUCUAAUUCAUGCACCGUAGCGAGAGCUGGUGAUAAUGUGGCAAUUUGUUUACAGGGUAUUGAUGGAAAACAACUAAUACCUGGCGGGGUUCUUUGUCACCCUGGUUUCCCUGUGCCUGUAGCUAACCACUUGGAGCUGAAGGUUCUAGUCCUGGACAUCACUACUCCUAUUCUUGUUGGCUCUCAGGUGGAGUUUCACAUACAUCAUGUGAAGGAGGCUGCAAGAGUAACAAAAAUUGUUGCAUUACUUGACAAGACUGGCAAACCAAGUAAAUCGGCACCUCGAUUUCUUAAAUCCAAGCAGAAUUCUGUUAUACAGGUCACACUAGAUGGAGCUGUCUGUGUUCAGGAAUUCUCCAAGAGCCGAGCUCUUGGGAGGGCAUACUUGAGGUCGGCUGGGCGCACCAUUGCUGUUGGCGUUGUUAAUCGGAUAAUUGGCCAAGAUCAGAACUAGAAGACCUACUACACUCUUCUGAAAUCUGAACCAAAUCCUUGUCGUUGCCUUGUCGUUGCUACGGUUAUACUCUACGUAGUAGACACUGGCAACAUGAUGUUGGGAAAUUUUGUUUAGCAGCUGCUUAUAGCCAUUCCAUUGUAUUGAGUUAUAUGUGUAAGAUAGUAGUCACAGCUGAGUUGUGUUCUAACCCCCGGCUUUUGCAAAAAUGCUAUGGAAUCCUUCGAAGUUAUAUAUGCUGACUACUUGUGAUUCGUGACCGCUGAUUCGUUAUCGUUCAUUACUAUAUGUAGUGGACCCAAGUAAAACGAUGUUGGCAAAUUUUGUUUAGCAUUUGCAUAUCUUCAUUCUCA